AUGCUCAAAAUUGCCAGAUUGUCGAAGUGGAAACCGGCCAUUCCACUUGUCCGGACAUACGCCUCAAAGUACCCGGAUCAAAUUGUCCUUGAUGGCAAGACUUUCAAAACAGAUGCCUGGACCAACGUUCCUCCACUGAUUCUAGCAUUGACAGACCGUCAGCUCCACCAGAAUCCCGACCAUCCCAUCGGAAUUCUCCGAGACCUCAUCGAGACAAACUUCAAGGACCUCGGAUACACGUUCUACAACGACUUCCGUCCCACAGUUACCACGUUCCAGAAUUUCGAUGUUCUUGACUUUCCCCAGGACCACCCAGGAAGAUCCAAGCUGGACACCUACUACUUGAACGAAGACCACUUGUUGAGAACUCAUACUUCUGCUCACGAGCACGAGUGUUUCCAGACAUGCAAGACACCUGGAUAUUUCAUCACCGCCGAUGUUUACCGUAGAGAUGAAAUCGAUAGAACCCACUACCCAGCAUUCCACCAGAUGGAGGGUGCUCGGUUGUGGUCCAAGAACACCCCAGACUUGGAGAGGGUCCUUCAGGCAGACAUUGAUGCCAUUCCCCAAACUGAGAUCAUUGUUGAGGAUCCUUUCAGAGAGAACCCAGCCAAUGCAGAAAAUCCCAAACAGCCAUACAUGAACGACAACGAAGUUCGUCUCAUUGCUGUUCAUUUGAAGAAAACCGUUGAGUAUAUGGUCAAUUUGGUGUUCGAACGUGCUAGAGAGUCCGCAAUCCAGGCUGGCUCAACUGAGGAAUACUUGAACGAGCCUCUUAAAAUCAGAUGGGUCGAGGCAUACUUCCCAUGGACAUCACCUUCGUGGGAGAUUGAAGUAUGGUGGAAAGGUGAGUGGCUUGAGUGUUGCGGAUGUGGAGUAGUUCAACAGAAGGUUUUGCUUAACUCUGGACUUUCUGAAGACAAGUUAGGAUGGGCUUUUGGUAUUGGCUUGGACAGAAUUGCCAUGCUCCUCUUUGGUAUCCCUGACAUUCGUCUUUUCUGGUCUUUGGACGAACGUUUUGCCAGCCAAUUUAAAAGAGGAACUAUUUCGACGUUCCAACCAUACUCAAAGUAUCCAGGUAUUAAGAGAGACGUGAGUUACUGGUUGGCAAAUGACUCACCAUUGCAUACCAACGAUGUGAUGGAAAUCGUGCGUCAAUAUGGAGGCGAUCUUGUGGAAAGCGUUGUAAUUGUAGACGAGUUUGUGCAUCCUAAGACAGGCCGCAAGUCUCAGUGCUACCGUAUCCAUUACCAAUCAAUGGAGAGAAACUUGACGAACGAGGAGAUUAACGAGAUUCACAAGAAGGUGGAAGAUGACUUGGUUGGAAACUUUCAGGUUGAGAUCCGCUGA